AUGGGAAAAACAAGCACGAAAUUCUUUGCAAAUGGACUGUCUACCCCUCAAAAGGUUUCCAUCUGUCAUGUCAUUAUCAUUCUCCUACUGCACCUAUUCGAGAUUAUUCAUCCCCAUGCAAAUGCAAAUUCCUACUGCCAAAUGAGUCGCUCGAAUGGAGGGAGAAUCUUGGCCAAGUCGAUACUUGCACAACUGGAAGAAGUGGGAGAUAUGAGAGAUGUGGGAAGAGAAGCAAAAAUGGACCCCACUGAAUAUUCCACACACGCACCUGCUCAAGCGCAUCAGAUGGCGUGGGAGAUGAAGCACAUGACUCCUUCGCAGCAUAUGGACAGCACGAACAGCCAUAUUCCCACCAAACACAAAACAAUAAACCAGGGGCACAUGCACAUCUCCACCUCGGACGAGGCCUUUUUACAUUUGAGACGAAAAAUUAACAGCUAUAUAAACAAACACAAUUCACAGCAAACGAACUACAAUAAGGGAAACAUCAAAACAGACGAAAACAUUAAAAAAAACGUAAAGCUGUUCGAACGAAAACUAAAAAAACAAAUGAACACCCUAAACUUCUAUGUAAGCAAAAAGGACAUGUACAUAUUAUGGGGAAAUGCUUACGACAGGAGGAGACAUAUUUACAUACACAUGAUAAACAAAUUGUGGGAUAAAUGCGUUCAAAUAACCGAGAAGAAUCAAAUCCCCAAAAAUUUUUUAUUUAAAAUUUGGUGGAAGGCUUACUCCGAUUUGGUGCAGGAGCUGCAAAAUUAUGACUCCCUAAAUUUGAAUAGUUUUUACCAACUAUAUUACAAAGACCGCUGCCCCAGAUAUACCUACGUGGAAUUCAUCAUGGAAAAUAAAAAAUCCUGGAAGACAUUCACAAAAAGCAUGAAAAACAAGUGGACAAACAAUUUGCUACACGAGUUAUACGGCUACUACAAGUAG